AUGUCUUUAAGGGAGCUUGAUAACUUAAGGGUUUACCUCAUUUCUAAAGAUUAAUAUAAAAAAACUGGCAGAUACAAAGAAAAUAUUAAGUAAGGAAAUUCUGAAAUCAUUCCUGUUGUUUUAGAAACUAUUGAAAGUAUCAUUACUAAUAAAAAAGAAGAACCUAUGACUCGCCUUAAUGCGCUACGUCUACUAAAAGAAUGCGUUGAUUUAGAUAAUGAAUUAUUCAAUCAUAAUGUUGAAAAUGGUGUAUUAAAUACAAUUUACUAAUUUGCUAUUUAGCUUGAUCGCAAAACUCUUUUGAAAGCUAAUCCGACUGUACAUGAAGAAAAGAUCAGUAUGAGCUUCUACAUCCUUUGUUUGGAAUGCAUCAAGAUGUGGGCUCAUUGGUAUCCUGAGCAUAAAGGUGCUUCAUCUUAAUUUAAAAAAUUAUACAUAAGUUUAAAAGAUAACGGAUUUAAAUUUCCUGCUAACUUCAAUUUUUUUAAGGAUGCAGACUUGUAUAAAUUUAAUCCUCAAAGAAAAGCUGAAUACUUGCUCACAAACACAUUAAAGCAAGUAGAAUUCUUAAAGAAUAUAUAAGAUAAUGAAAGCUAUGACUAAAUAAUACUCACCCUCAGAGAUUUUGAUUAUUUUUUAAGACACUCUAAUGAAAUAAUUCAUAAUUAACAUCAAGACAUACCAUAAAAUACUCAACGAGAUUUACAUAUGGUAUAACCUCUCGUUGCGAGCUUACAUCCGAUAUUAAAUGAAUUUAAAAUUGGAAAUAUCACCUUCAUUUAAUUGAGAAAAUAAAUAUAAAAUGUAAUUAAUAAUUAUGAAACCUCCACACAUCAAAGAUCUUCUGAGCCAUUUAUUUCUCAUAAACAUAUUUCUCCUAACAGUAGUGAGGAUUUUGAUUUGAAAUGUGAAAAUAUUAUGCUGAGCUCUAUAAAUAAUAUGCAAAUGUCUCAAUCACUACUUGAUGAUAAGUAAAUACACUCUAUCUUAAGAUAGAAUUAAAAUAAUAAUAAUAAUAUUAAUUAUGCUGGAAGUUAAAUGUAAAACACAAAUUCUGUAGUAAGCUUUGAUACAAAUGAUAUAGAUUUUAAUAAAAAUACUUCUAUCCUAGAUCAAAAGUCUAGCUUUGCUUAGAAAUCUAGUUAAUAAUAGCUAUUUUAAAGAGUAGCCGCCAACCCAUCUAAGUAAAUUGCUUAAAAUAAAGAUUUCAACUUUACAGAGUAAGGUUAAAUUGAGAGCUUAGAAGAACGUGUAGCUUAGUUAGAGAAAUCUAAAGAAAUUUUAGAAUAGAAGUAAAUUUAAUAAAUUAGUGCUAUUGAAGCAUUGAUUACAGAAAAUAAAAAACUCUAAACUCUUGUUGAUUAAAAGUAAGAUGAAAUUGAUUUAUUAGAGAGUAAAAAAACUUAUUUCUCAUACUCAACAGAUUAUCAAAACCUUCUCUGCACUCACUAAAAGCUUGAGUAGGACUAUAACGAGCUUCUGCAUAAAUCAAAAAAUUUUGAAUCAGAAAAAGAUUUAAUUGUUCAAGAAAAUGAGCACUUGAAAUAAUAGCAAGUCUCAUUAAAAGAAAUGGUUGAAAACUAAAAAGAAACAAUUAAAUAACUCUAAAUUAGAGUAAAUGAUCUAUAAAAUAAUAUUAAUGUACUUGAAAACGAAAGAGAAAGCUUCAAAAAAGAUUUAGACAGAAAAUAUUAAAUAAAUCAAUUAAUAAAUAUAUAAUAAAAAAAUGAUUAUCAAGUAAGCUAAAAUUUAGAUAUAUCAAAUAAUUAUGCUUCUUUACCUGCCCCUAAUACUCUACAUAAAUUUAAUUAAAAAGAUUUUAUGAGAGGAAUUUCAGUACCUAAAAAUCUAAAUUUGUUUUCCUUUUUAAAUGACGACUGCGAAAUUAAUUCUUAUACUUUCAAAUUAGGCUGCCUUCAUUCUUCUGUAAAUAUUUAUGAAAACGAUUUAAUCAAAGUCUUGGUAUGCAAAAUUGAUUAAUAAGAGUUAAAUUAAAAUAUUAUUUAAAAUCCUAAUGGAGCUCCAGUCACAGCUCACAUGGGCCUUAAUAUUUCAAUAUUAAAUAAAUCAAAUAUCAAUUUAAAGCAUUUUGAAAUAUCAUAUCGCUCAAACAAUUCUUUAAAAAUAACUUCUGACACUGCUAACUCAUCCUAAGCAGCAUAUGUAUUAAAUAGCUAAAAUAUAUUCUAGCAAAAAAUUUACAUAGAAGUUAAUACUAUUCCAUUCUAAGUACCAAACAUGAUUAUCAAACUAUAAUCUAAUUAUAUAUCUUAAAAUUUGACAAUUCCUCUUCCUAUAACUAUUAAUUCUAUGGUACAAUCUUAAGCUAUUUCAUAAAACUCAUUAAACGAUACAAUUGGUAAUUGGAAUAGUUCCCCUAAUGACUCUAUUUAUAAAUCUGUCGUAUUUACAGUUAGUAAAUAGCUAGUUGAUAAAAAGUACUCAUUACAUCAGUUCUUCCCAACUUUUACCCAUGUACAAAGUGCUUCAAUUAACUUCUAUGAAUUAAUCGGAAUUGUAAAAAUACCUCUAGUAAAUAAUAUUAAAGCAGCUUUAAAAGUAACUUUAGUUAAUGAUAGAUUCAUUUGCUUUUAAAUAAAACCCUUAACUCAAGAAAUGAGAUCACUUUCAGGAUCAGAAAACUAAGCUUAUCCUAUGCUAAAAAAUAUUUAGUCAAAUACUUUAUAAUUUAUUAUACAAACUUACUAAGAACUAUUUUCAGAUUGA